AUGGCUCGGAUUAAUGCUACAAUGAAUGCCGAAGGUGGAUAUACCCUAUCUAAAGUAAACUUGGAGCACACACAUAUUUGUAGUCCUAGAAAGGCAAGACAUAUGAGAUGUUUUAAGAAGGUUGAUGCUCGUGUGGCUAAGAGGCUCGAAAUAAAUGAUGAGGCAGGAAUACGAAUGUCCAAAAAUUUCAAGGCUGUGGUUGUUGAGGCAAGGGGUACGAGAAUGUGCCAUUCGGGGAGAAGGAGUGUCGAAAUUACAUUGACAAAGCACGACAACUUCGCCUCGGGGUUGGAGGUGUUGAAGCUCUAUAUAGACGUGGACCAUGAGAUGCGAUUAAAGAAUGUAUUUUGGGCAGACGCCCGAAGUAGAACUGCAUAUAAAUCAUUCGGAGAUGUGAUUACGUUUGACACAACAUAUCUGACUAAUGCAUAUAAGAUGCCCUUUGCAUCGUUUGUGGGUGUGAACCAUCAUGGUUAG